AAAUAUCGACAUCUUUUCUAACAUCUCUAGAAGAAAAUUGGACGCGUGCUCUCAAUCUCUCAGAAAAAUCGUGAAAAAUAGGCGAUCUGGAUUACAAACAGGGGCUAUAGCAACUUGCAAGAAAUCAGGAAUAGAAAAUGGCGAACGCAGACGUGCAGUACAAUUACGGCCAGCAGGACAAUGGCGACAACUACAACGAUGAUAGCAACCAGCAGCAGGAGGACGAUGACCAAUAUGACGGAGACUGUGCCAACGUAAAGAUCGAGAACGUGGGCGAGAGCCCCAAGUUCGUUCGGUUGCGCGGCCUGCCAUGGUCAGCCACGCACAAGGAGAUUCUUGACUUCCUGGAGAAUGUGAACGUGACGAAUGGCUCGCAGGGCAUCCAUCUGGUGACCAGCAGGGUGGACGGCAAGAAUACCGGCGAGGCCUAUGUGGAGGUAGCCAGCCAGGAGGACGUCGAGGAGGCGCGGAAGCUGAACAAGGCCAGCAUGGGACACCGCUACAUUGAGGUAUUCACCGCCACACCCAAGGAGGCCAAGGAAGCCAUGCGAAAGAUCAGCGGCCAUGGCAAUGCCUUUGUGGUGAAGCUCCGCGGUCUGCCGUACGCCGUCACCGAGCAACAGAUCGAGGAGUUCUUCUCGGGGUUGGAAAUCAAAACGGAUCGGGAGGGCAUACUUUUUGUUAUGGACAGAAGGGGUCGUGCAACUGGGGAAGCUUUUGUUCAGUUCGAAAGCCAGGAUGACACUGAACAAGCCUUGGGCCGAAAUCGGGAAAAAAUUGGGCACAGGUAUAUUGAGAUAUUCCGCAGCUCAGUGGCUGAGAUGAAGCGAGCCACGGGCGGCGGCGGCGGCGGUGGAAACGGUGGACGCCCUGGCCCAUAUGAUAUCCGUGAUCGUGGCGCCAAUCGAGGUGGAAAUGAUUUUGGCGGCGGACGCAAUGAUUGGGGCAACAAUGGUAACUUUGGUGUUGGCGCCAACAAUAUGCUAGGCUUCAACAAUCUGCCCAGCCUUAUGAACUCCGGCAACUUUGGCAACAACCCGGGAAAUAGCGGAAAUUUCGGAAACAACUCUGGACCCAGCAAUUUCGGCAACUUUGGUGGCGGCAAUGGUGGCGGCGGAGGCGGAAACACUGGCAACUUUGGUGGCAAUAACGGUGGCGGUGGCAACGGAGGCAACUUUGGUAACUUCGGCAACAAUGGAGGCGGCAAUUUCGGCGGCAACAACAACGGCGGCGGAGGCUUCAACAGUGGCAGCAAUUUUGGAUCUCCCGGUGGUGGCAACAACUUUGGCAACAAUGGCGGAUCAAACUUUGGUGGCAAUAACGGAGGAGGCUUCAAUAAUGGCGGCAACAACUUCGGCUCGUCAGGUGGCGGAGGCGGCGGCGGUAACUUUGGCCCCAUUGGAGGCGGUCGCAACAACAGCGGCAACUUUGGAAACACUGGAUUUGGCAACUUUGGAGGAAACAACAACAAUGGAAACGGCAACUCAAACUUCGGAGGUGGCAACAACGGCGGAGGUGGUGGCUUCAACAAUGGCUCCAACUUUGGCGGCGGAAACUCCUCUGGAGGUGGCGGUAACUUCGGGCCCAUUGGCGGAGGCCGUGGAAACGAUGUCGAGCACUACACCAUCCAUAUGCGAGGACUUCCGUACACCUCGUUCGAAAAUGACGUCUUCAAGUUCUUCGAGCCCAUCCGGCCAGCAAAUGUGCGCAUCAACUACAACAAAAAGGGUCUGCACAGCGGCACUGCUGAUGCCUACUUCGACACCUAUGAGGACUCCCAGGUGGCCAUGAAGCGCCAUCGAGAGCAAAUGGGCUCCCGCUAUAUUGAGCUCUUCUACGAUGGCAAGACCCGAGGUGGAGUUAAUGUAAACAACGGCGGUGGUAACAACGGAGGCAACGGUGGAGGCAAUGGAGGCGGUGGAAUGGGCAAUAAUGGGGGCGGAAACGGUGGCGGCAACUUCUCGCGACGCAUCUGAAGCUCUUCCUCUGUCCCGAUUACAUUGAAAUUAAUGUAGAUCCAAGUAUUUAAUAAAAUUAUGAACAAGCCGCAACUAUAAAACGCUAAGGCUCCCACAUCCACGUAGGGCACUAAACAACUAACCAACUGAUUUUAGAACAGACAAGAUUGGUCAGACAUGGAAAUCACUGCUGAUUGCAAGCCAAUAAACUUCAUACAAGAGAAAGAAACUCGGUUUUAUUUAAGUAUGUAUUUCUUCAUUAGAAAUUUCAAUCCCUAUAUCUAAGUUUCAAGUGUACAUUUAAGUUUUUCAAAAAAUAAACUUUGUUUUUACA